UUCAAGUUUGGAUAUAUGUUUGGGGUUAAAAUCAAGUCGUGGGUUAGUUUUGGCAAAUUCCCCCAUUUCACCGACUCGAUCGUAUCGUUAGGUCAGAUUGGAUCAUUUAAAUAUAUACACUCGCAUGUGCAGCGUAAGUAGGUGAGAUCGGAUCAUUUAAAUAUGCGCACAUCCGUGGCAGUCUAUCACUACUCCCACCCAUUGGUGCAUAUCAAAAACAAAAAAAAAUCUUUAAAAAAAAAUGGUGCAUAUCGUAGUAAUCUCUGACACCAUUGUUCGACCAGAGAACUACGAGGAUGGAUCGGAACAGGUUAAGAUCCAUCUAACUCCAUGGGAUCUCUCCUUCCUUCGAACUGAGUACGCACAAAGAGCUCUUAUCUUUCCGCAACCCAACCCGGGAACCCACCUGAUCUCUCAGCUGAAGUCUUCUCUUUCCGCCGCAUUGAAGAUUUUCUAUCCAUUUGCUGGACGUUUAGUGAAGAUCGACAACGAAGAUGACGGAACAAAGUCAUUUAUCAUAGAUUGCGAUGGUUCAGGUGUCAAAUUCGUGCAUGCUUCGGCCAAGACUGUCUCGGUGAGGGAUGUUUUAGAACCGGCUAAUGGUACUGUCCCUGAUUACUGGAGUGAGUUUUUCCCAGCGAACGGAGUUCAAAGCUGGGAAGGGGUCUCAAAGCCGUUGAUUGCGUUCCAAGUAACGGAGUUAAAAGAUGGAGUUUUCAUUGGAUAUGGUUAUAACCAUUUGGUUGCAGACGGAACUUCGUUCUGGAGUUUCUUCAAAACGUGGACGGAGAUUUUCUCUACCGGUUUUGACCGGAAAAGGUUUCCUCCUUUGCCUCUUUGUGGAUGGUUUCUCGACGGGAUUGAUUACCCGAUUCAAAUUCCCAUCUCAGAGACGGUACCAUCAUCACAUGCUGGGCUUGUCGCUCCAUCGUUACCGCAUCUCGAAAAGAAGAUCUUUCGGUUCACGAGUGCACACAUCUCUAAGCUCAAAGCUAAAGCCAACGACGAGGUUGUUGGUUAUGGUGAGGAUCUGAAAAUCUCGUCGUUCCAAGCUGUGUUGGAGCAUAUGUGGCAAUCAAUAAUCAGAAACAGUGAUCUCAAUCCGGAAGAAGUUAUUCAUUGCAAGUUGGCAAUGGAUAUUAGACAAAGGCUAAACCCUCCGGUGAAGAAAAAUUGUUUUGGAAACAUGAUCGGACUGGCGGCGACGACGACAACCACCAGAGAAAUGCUUGACAAUGGGCUGGGUUGGGUUGCUUUGCAACUAAACAAAACUGUGAGGUCACAAACGAAUGAAGAACUUAGAAAGUUUGCUGAUAAUUGGGUGAAGAGCCCGAAAAUACCGAAUCGGUUGGUUGCAAAUAAUUCGCUCGUUGUUGCUGGCUCUCCACGGUUCAAUGUGUUCGGAAAUGAUUUCGGCUGGGGGAAACCGAUUGCGUUUCGAGGUGGACCGGGAAUUGCUGGCCAUGGUAAAAUCCUUGCUUACCCGGGAACUGAAAAAGGAAGCAUGGAGAUUCAUACGUCUCUAUGGUCUCACGUUUUGGACAAGUUAUUGGCUGAUCAAGAGUUUUUACAGCAUGUCGUAUGCAGUGGCAGACCCAAGAUCUUUUUUCAUCGGUUUCAUAUAUUUAUCAAGAAAAUAAUAAGUACAAGAAAAAGAGUGUGAGAGGUUUCAGGUGAGGGGCUCGACUGGGGUCAAUUAAAGUGAAAGCAACCUCUGAUAUAUUAAUAUUUAUGCACUUUUACAUGUAAUAUUUAUGCAACAUGCAUAUAAAAAACGUAAUUAUAUACAUUUCUACGGCGCCAGUCAGCUAAAUGUGGGUCCACCACUGGUCGGUCAUAUGUGUUUUUUUUUUUUUUUGCAUGCACUCCUGCAGACUGCAGUCUCUGAGUGUUCGUUUUCCUCUGAAUAAACCAUCCAAGUUACCUUGAAAUGUUAUCUUCUGCAUGCACUCCUGCAGAUUGCAGUCUCAUGCACUCCUGCAGAUUGCAGUCUCUGAGCGUAACGAAAUAAGAAAAUAUCAUAUGUGAUCAUUAUCUUUUUGCC